GACUUUAGGAUCCCCUUAAAUUCUACAAAUUAUCUGGCAAUAUUUAGCACACAGAAUUUUGUUGCGAGAUUAAUUACGAAUUGUCGUUUAAAAUGGGUUUAAAGAUCAAUGCAAAAUUACAAAACUUCUAUUCGUAAACACGUAUAGAAACAGUAAACGUAUCGGGUAUAAACGCUGUAACUUACAAACGGUCAAAAUGCACGCUCGGAGAGGGUUGAAAUCGGCGCGCAGCAAUGCAAAUCCGAAUGGAGAGAAUCGUCGCAAGCUCGGGGCGCUUGCCGAAACGCCGCGAGCCCGCGCGAGACAAAGACGAGUCGAUGCGGGUCGGCGGAAAGGACGAGGACGGAUUACCGGCCGACGGUGGUGGUGGCAGCGGAGAAUGGUGGUGGUAGCGUGAGGAAAGCAGCGCGAGCGAGGACCGCAACGGCGGAGAGCGUAUGCAGUCUAACGAAAGCCGCGGUGGUGCGCGGUGGUGGCUCGCGCCACUUUUGUCCCUCGGUCGAGAAGACACGUGAAUGCAACCACGUGGUCCAAGUGCGUGACACGAGAGCUGGAGAUAAUCACGGGAAUUCCUACCGGGUGCUUCGUGCAGGAUAGUGACAAGUUUCCGCGACGGGCUCCCUUUAGGUUUCUUCAAUUCGCAGCCGUGAACACGAGAAUAACCGUCAACCUGGAGUCCACGUGCCAGAAACGACGGAAAUGUGAGGCCGAUGGGAAGGAGGCGAAGGCGGAGUUGACGGCGCAACGCAAUAUGUUCCCUAGCGCUCAAAUUAAAAUGAGAUUGCUGUCGCCAAGCAGUUCGCCGGCCACCUCGCCUACGAUGUCGAAUUCCUCGUCGCCAACACCACCGACGCCGGCGGCCCCGGCUUACAACCAGAAGAUGACCGGUAUUCCUUGCGUAGCGGCCGCUUCGAGGUACACCGCACCGGUUCACAUCGACGUCGGCGGCACGAUAUACACGUCCUCCCUCGAGACUUUAACGAAGUACCCGGAAUCCAGGUUAGCAAAAUUGUUUAACGGCAGCAUCCCCAUCGUUCUGGACUCGCUAAAACAACACUACUUCAUCGAUAGAGAUGGCGGAAUGUUUCGACACAUAUUGAAUUUUAUGCGAAAUUCCCGGCUACUGAUACCCGACAACUUUUCCGACCUAGAUUUGCUGCUGGAAGAAGCACGAUACUUCGAUAUUGCGCCCAUGUGCAGGCAAUUGGAGCAGAUGAAGAAGGAGCGCAUAAAGAACGGCUCGACAACGACGAUGACCACCACAUCGCCAAGUCCCCCGCCCUCUGGGCAGCUCGGAGGUCGCGGCACCGCCUGCACCACCGCACCCUGCAACCGCGAUCCCGACAAGAUGCGCGGCAACGACGGCAACUGCAGCUACGAGUGCGUGGCGUUACAUGUGAGCCCGGAUCUGGGCGAGCGAGUGAUGCUGUCGGGUGGACGGGCGCUGCUCGACGAGGUGUUUCCGGAAACGACGCAGGCGGUGAUCGACGCGCGAUCCGGCGUUGCCUGGCACCAACAGGAUGCCCGUCACGUCAUCAGGUUCCCGCUGAACGGCUACUGCAAAUUGAACUCCGUACAGGCGAUCACAAGACUGCUGAACGCUGGCUUCCGGGUGGUCGCAAGCAACGGCGGCGGCGUUGAGGGUCAACAGUUCUCAGAGUACCUGUUCGUCAGGCAGGCCGUCAACACUUGACGGAGCACGGCGCAUCAGCGCAAAACCAUCUCCAAGUCGAUCCGUUGCCUGCAGCGUGACCACGACUUAGAAUGAGUGCUGCUGUCUAGGAGACCACCUUAAGACUGCAUCGCGGAUAAUUCGGGUUAUUCUGACGAAACAAAACAGGGCAUCUCGGACAUGAGGAUUAGGGGAGGCUGGCAAUCGCAAUCGCAGUUUGACGCCGAAGUACUUGUACGAAGAUCUCGUAACGUGCAUUAAAGUCUCUUGACACUUGCGUGUCAGGUAUCUUGAAUCGCGCGAAGAAGUGAAUACGAAGUGAAUAAAAGAAUGUGCGAAUAUGUUUUGCAAUUUUAAAUAUUAGUUUACGUUCGCUUUACAAAUCAACUUUAACUAAAACAACGGUCUCAUUUGUACGCACACGUAAGUUGCAAUAAGAUAGUUAUUUGCAUGUAUUUCUGACAUCAUAAUCUGAGAUGGUUGACAUUGAAGAUACUUAAUCGAUCCCAUUUCAAUCAUAAAGCCAUUAACAAAUUCCAAAUACAACUUGUUAUACUUUAAUUGUAUUAAAUUUAAUAAUUAUAAAAUUUUUUAAAUCUAAGAGCCGAUGUUUGACCGUUAUAGGCGAUUACAACUCAUUGAUAUGUUUAACAUAUUACGGUCGAUUAGAAGUAAUGUAUUGAUAUAUUUUUUAAUGUCUUACAAAAUAGAUUUUUAAUAACAAAUUUGAUGAUAAUUAAAACUGAUUUUUAUUUUAAAGUAUCAUAAACACGCUGCACAUUUGUCAAAAAAAUAUUA